AUUUAGUUUCAGCGAAGAAAUUAGAUACGUGCGGUUCAAAGAGACCCACAUGAGCCAAACCCUCUGAAUGGCACAUGUUGAAAGCACCUACUUCUCUCUUGUCUUUUCUUUUAUGCCAAUAUUAAACAAAAUUAAAACAGAAUAUUAAUCAAACCACUCAUUAGUGUUUCAUGUUCAACUUCCCUCACAGUUUACAAAACAUCCUAGUACCUCUGUGCUAGUCCUUUGAGUUGAGGGUGUCUCUGUAAUCCAAGGUAUCAUCAUAAAAAAUGGCAGUAACGAUGGCUUUGCAUGGUUGUUAUUAUAACAAUCUAGAGUUGCCAAAUCACCGAAGAGCACUAGACAAUCUCGGUUUUACUGGCUCAAUUUCUGCCCAUAAAUUGUCAAAUAAUAAAAGGUCAACAUCUGAUAAGUCCGGGAAAGAUAAAUUUACUAGAUUCCUGGUGGAAAUGCGACAGACGGAAUUGCCUCCAUCGAAAUACGGUACCAAUGGUAGAUCUGUUAAAAUGGUACCAGCAAAUGAGGUAAUGAACCGAAAGACAAUCUCAGAGAAUAAAGUGCAGACGGUGAAUGGUUCAAAGCAAGUUGUUAACGGAGCAAGUUUGGUAAGAAGAGAUUCUACACCAGCCUUGACAACUACAAUGAAAUCUAGAACCUCUAAAGAACUUCCACCAUUGGAAGAGCUAAAAGUUUUACCCUCAGACGAAAGCUUCAGUUGGGCCAAUGAAAAUUACAAUUCCUGGCAGAGGUCUAUUGAUGUUUGGUCUUUUGUUAUUUCUUUACGUGUUCGUAUUCUGUUGGAUAAUGCAAAAUGGGCCUAUUUGGGUGGCUUUACAGAAGAAAAGCAGAUAGGUAGAAGGCGGAAAACUGCUUCAUGGCUAAGGGAGUGUGUAUUACAGCUUGGUCCAACUUUCAUUAAACUUGGACAAUUAUCAUCAACAAGGUCAGAUCUAUUUCCCCGUGAAUUUGUGGAUGAACUCGCGAAAUUGCAGGACAAGGUCCCUGCUUUCUCCCCAAAGAAAGCAAUAGGCUUUAUUGAGAGUGAAUUAGGAGCUCCCAUUAAUGUAUUGUUUAAAGAGUUUGAAGAUCGGCCAAUUGCUGCUGCUAGUCUUGGUCAGGUUCAUCGUGCUAUUCUGCACAAUGGAGAAAAAGUAGUUGUCAAAGUUCAAAGGCCUGGACUAAAGAAGCUCUUUGACAUCGACUUGCGAAACUUAAAGCUAAUUGCAGAGUAUUUUCAGAAAAGUGAAACACUAGGUGGUCCAACAAGAGAUUGGCUUGGUAUCUAUGAAGAAUGUGCAACGAUUUUGUAUCAAGAAAUUGAUUAUAUAAAUGAAGGGAAGAAUGCUGAUAAGUUUCGCCGAGAUUUUCGAAACAUAAAAUGGGUCCGAGUACCUCUGGUUUAUUGGGAUUAUACUGCAAAAAAGGUGUUGACCUUGGAGUAUGUGCCAGGUAUCAAAAUAAAUCAAAUAGAUACGUUAACUUCACGUGGUUACAAUCGCUUACGGAUCUCAUCACGUGCUAUUGAGGCAUACUUAAUUCAGAUAUUGAAGACAGGUUUCUUUCAUGCUGAUCCACAUCCCGGAAAUCUUGCAAUUGAUGUUGAUGAAUCUAUCAUUUAUUAUGACUUUGGCAUGAUGGGGGAGAUAAAAUCAUUCACCCAAGAGAGGCUGCUAGAACUCUUCUAUUCUGUUUAUGAGAAGGAUGCCAAAAAGGUUAUGCAAUGCCUUAUAGAUCUUGGUGCACUCCAACCUACUGGGGACCUGACAUCAGUGAGGAGAUCUGUACAGUUUUUCUUGGACAAUCUUCUAAGCCAGACACCAGAUCAACAGCAGACUUUGUCCGCAAUUGGAGAGGAUUUAUUUGCAAUAGCACAAGAUCAGCCAUUCCGUUUUCCAUCUACUUUCACCUUUGUUAUUAGAGCAUUUUCUACCCUAGAAGGCAUAGGCUACAUACUCAAUCCAGAUUUCUCCUUUGUGAAGAUUGCUGCACCUUAUGCGCAGGAGCUUUUGGAUGUAAGAACAAAGCAGCGCACGGGGACACAAUUCGUGGAGGAGAUAAGGAAGCAAGCAGAUGAUGUAAGAACCAAUUCCAUUUCAAUGCCAUACAGAGUUCAAAGAAUAGAGGAGUUUGUAAAGCAAGUUGAAGCAGGCGAUCUGAAACUCCGAGUUCGGGUGCUUGAGUCUGAAAGAGCAGCUCGGAAAGCAACAGUUUUACAAAUGGGUACAAUAUAUACAGUAUUUGGAGGAACCCUGCUAAAUCUUGGUCUCACUUUGAGUAGCCAAGGCAAUCAAAGUUUUGCAAAUGGAUCAUUCCUUGGUGCAGGUGUUUUCUUGACCCUGUUUUUAAGGUCUAUGCAAAGGGUAAAGAAGCUUGAUAAGUUUGAGAACAUGAUAUAAUUCGUUCGCAACAAAUUCCUUAAAGCAUAAAUAGUCUUCAUCUCCAUUUAAGCUCAGGUUACCAUAUAAGUUUUUGCAGUGAUUUCAGUUUUAUUUUUUUGAUAAGCCCAUAUAAUUCAGAUACCUACCUCUCAAGUUAUACCCUUCACUACUGCCAAAAAUCCAAAAAAGCUUCAUAGACGAAACGCUUACAGUAAAAUUUUCACCACAAUAGUGAUUGAUCCUGGUCUCACAUUGAACAUAGAAGUUGUAUAUAGGAUUCAUAUAUUUCCAAUGACAUAAAUAAAGCCUCAAUUGGAUAAAUUUAUCUCAAUAUACCACGCCUUUUAGGUGCUACAAAGGUCAUCAUGUCCGAGAGCAUCAAAUGAUACAAUUUGUAACUAGCUAUUCUCCUAAAUAGAAGUUGAUUCAUCUUUGGACUUGAACGUGAAAGUUUUAGAACCAUGUAACCAUGUAAUGAAGACCUUAUUUCAAGGAGUUUUA